AUGGGCGGCAGCGGAGAUCAACGGUGGAUGCAAGAGACGCCGACGGGCAGCGGGUCGAAUCCAGACUCGGGAGAAGCUCUUCGUCGGUACCGUGGUUUCCUGAGGUGGGAGACCGAUUUGCUGCGGAGUCAGGUCAGGUCCCGGGGCCUCGAUACGAUUGCUGGAAAGAAGGCUUAUCUUGAGCGGCAUUCUGAUGGAAGACAACUAGGUUUUGCUUCACCUCGACUGCAAGAGCUGUUGCCCACCCCUAAUGUCGGGAGUAUGCCUCUGGUGUCUUGGCCUUACCUUGUUCCUCAUCAUGAGGAGGCCGUGGAGCUACUCUUGCACGAGGCACACAGACUGACCUACCGCAUCCAAUCUCUGACGGAACUCGGUGUGCCAAUCCCAUUGGAGAAGCUCGAAUUACUGUAUCGCUUGUCCAAAAUGUGUGCGAGCCUCUCCAGAAGCAUAAGGACGCAUGCAUCGCCAACUUCAACCGAGUCUUCUCAGGAUGCUGCAAUUUCUCCUUACAAGGAGCGACGUAUGAGCUGGGUGUCGACUUGGGGGAGUCCAGUAUUAAGAUGCGGCGGCUUCCAUGACAUAACCACACUGUCUCCUAUGUAUUUUACCCCCUGCGCCCCUCGUAUCAUCCCAUCGUCCGCCUUUGCCACCGAGGCCUUACAGAUCUACUCGUUCGAAAUCUUUGAGCUGGAUGACAGCUUGAAGUGGCCACUCAAUAUCUACGGUGUGGUCGCUGCUCGAGAUGCUGUGGAUGGUAACCGCAACCUUCUCUUCUCUCGCUCCAGGGCUAACUGCCAAUUACUCACUAAAGAGGAUCCUUUUUUGCACUUGACUGGCCCUUCUCGUGCUAUUCUGUCUGAGUAUCCGGUUGAUUUUGAAGUUGAACUAAGGAUAAAAGAUGGAAGCGAGUCUCAAGAUAAAGCAUUGAUCAGUUCUACUAACCACCACCAUUUUUGUGCUGAUACUGCUCUUUUCCUUGGCUGCCUGUGUUCAGCAAAGUUAAACCUCCAGACUGUUGCUAGUGCUGUCCAGGCCACGAUAUUAUCAGUUCGUGUCACUGGAGGGCUGUCUACUUUUGAAUUUGGAGGGCAAAUUGUGUGUUCAUUGUCUACUGCAGGUCGCCAAGUUGUGUUGUUUGAUUCUAGUGAAGAAUUUUGUGAAGAUCUGGAAGGUUACGUUCCAUUGGCAAGGAAUGUUGUUACGGUGGAAUCAAAAGGUUCACUGAGGAUCAUCAUAAAAAGUUACACAGAAUCUCAUCUUGUUGCUCACCAGGCUGAGUUUGAAUUCGAUGCCAAGCAUUGUCAGAUAAGCAGUCAGGAACGUGUUAUUGGUGAUUCUAAGCUGCAGGUUGUCAUUGCUUGGUCCCUACUUGUGAGGGACAAGCUUGACAACAUGGCAGCGGGGUAUGCCUUCACUUAUCCCUCUCUCUGUGGCUAG